AUGGAUCGCUUCCACCAUAUGAACCCCUUUGCUAAGAGGGACUCCCACAGCGCCAACGCCAUCAUCACCUACAAGGUCCUGACCCUCAUCACCUGGCUGCUGUCGGCUGUGGCAACCGUCUACUACUACUUUGAGCCCCCGCACGACGGCCGCUACCAUGGCGGGACCAUCUGGCACCAGAACUACGAGCACUAUUCUGGCUUCACCCUCAAUUCGGUCAUCGUGUCCAUCUACUGGCUGGUCCUCCUCCUCCUCCAACUCGCCUACAUAGGCCAUCUGUUCUCGCCCAAUGCCGAGACUGUCAACGCAGCCUGCUCGGUUGGUUCCCAUUUCAUCCUCAACAACCUGCUGCACUUCGCCUUCAUCAUGCUGUUCGUCCGCUCGCACUUUGUCUGGGCCGAGGUGAUGCUCAUCCUCAACUUUGCCAACCUGACGUCGCUCUACUUCCGCCGCGUGGCCGUCACCCACCACCCGCGCCUGCUGUUCGUCCACUUCCCCGCCGUGUCGGGUCCCCUCGCCUGGACCUUUGUUGCCCUGUACUGGAACGGUGCCAUCAUGGUGCCCCACCACAACAGCCUCGUCGCCCGCAUCUUUGCAAAUAUCUUUGUCUGGGCCCUGCUGGGCUACGGCAUGUUCUUCAUUGCUGCUUACAAGGAUUACUCCAUGGGCUUUUCCCUCAGCGUGCUGUCCGCUGCGCUGGGCGUGGCCCAGUUCUUCCGGCAGAUCGUCGCCUUCCAGUGGAUCUUUGCCUUCACCAUCAUGGCCGUACUGUUUGUGUUUACCGUCAUCGUCGCCGUGCCGGCUUGGACGACCCGAAGCGAGGCUCAGCGGCCCGCGGACGCUGAGAGGGCGCCGCUGCUUGCGGAUAACUAG